UAUCCCAGAAAGGUCAGCUAAGUGUGAACUUGUUUAUAUAUUUUUACUUUGGGUUUCUGUUUGUUUUAUGAUCGAACAAGUUCUAAGUUUUGAUAUGAUCAAUGUUGUUUUUUUCCCUUUGGAACAGUAAUAAGAUGGACCCUAAUGAUUACAUCAGUCAUUUGCCUGAUAACAUCCUUAACCACAUCAUUUCCUUCCUCCCUUUUGAAUCCGGUGUCCGAACUUCUUUCCUUUCAACUCACUGGAAACACCUCUGGAAAGAGGCUUUGUUGGAACCUGUCCAUGAUGUAAUAACAAUGGAAGCUGCCACUAAAAUCAUACAAAAUUUUGUUGAUGAUUUCGAUACACACUAUAGGCCCAGAAAUAAAUGGGGGUUCAGAUUUGAGUUUCCUCAUGGAAGAGGCAUCUUAGUUGCUAGCAUUUCCAGCAAGGGUGCACUUCAACUUGAUUUUUCAGCUGGUGAACAAGAAUCACCAAGGCCAUUUGAUUUGUUUUUGAAGCUGAAUCUUACAUCGGCUAACCAUUUAUCACAUCGAUACAUGUGGUUUGAUUGGGGGCGGCUUGAGGAAAAUCACUCACUGCAAACCCACCAACCAUCUUCGAACACAAUGAAAGUAAAAUCGUUAUAUCUCAUAUCAGUAAGCCAACUGUCUAAUAUGGCAGUUUCUUCAUUGGUGCCAAAUUUGCCAUUUCUGCAAAGCUUGACUAUCGCCAAAUGCAAUGGAUUACAAUCUUUACAGAUAAAAGACGCCCAAGGGCUUCAUAAAUUAGUGGUCCUCGAUUGCCCCCGUUUACAAUCUCUCAGUUUUGAAGCUGUCUCUUUAAAAUCUUUCAGAUAUAGAGGCAACUUAGUGUCCUUCAAAGGUGAGCCUAGUGGCAGGUGUGGCUGUGGGUUGUUCUUGGAAGAUGUCAUGGUUGAUCUCAGACAAGGUCCUCUAACACAAUGGACAUGGGACUUUCAAACGUCUCCCUGUUGCCUUUAUUAUUAUGAUGUCUAUAAAAAAACCCUUUGUGGCUGCACCAACGGGAAAAGAUGUUUCAAAUCAAUUUUGAUAAGCAUAAGGGGUGUUAAAUCUCUAACAAUACGCAGAUGGUUUUUCGAGACAUCGAUGUGCAAGCCGUUGUCCUUUUCAAGUAGAGACCCUCUACUUUGUAUGAGCGACCUAAAAGAGCUUUGGUGGAUUGAUUGUUCAAUGGAAAGAGAAUCUAUUAAUGCUUUACUUUGCUUUUUGAAGCUUUGUCCUAACUUGGAAAGACUUUUUGUGACAGGAAGUCUUCUCAUUUUUUUUUAUGGACUUUGCAUAUUUAAUGGUAUAAGUAGCAAUAUCGAUCCAAAAUGCUAUAACAUGCCCAGCACUGGAAAAUACUCAGAUUUAGUCAUUGUUCCUGAUAAGCUCGGUGAUCUCAAAGCUGUGAAACUUGAAGGAUCCGCAGAUGAAGAAAAGGAGAAUUUCAUUGCUAGGAGACUGAUACCUUUAUUCGGAGAAAAUAAUCCAGUUAUUAUAUCAAAAUCAGGUGAGAAAUGUAUAAAACAUCUAGUAAAAGUAGCAAAGAUGGAGAAGAAAGGGAAGUACCCGUACAAGUUUAAAGUGGUUGAAAAUGUUGAUGAAUAUUUUCUGGAUCAUGUUCAUAUGAACGUCUAG